UUUUUCCUUUUGGCACUUUGUAUUUGUGUCUGUCUGUUCAGACCGAAAGAAAAAGAACUGGGCUUGACGGCAUCUUCGAUAUCAUCAUUUACGCAACACACUACAGUAGUUACUUCAUCAACUUUACGCCUUCUUUUUUUUUUCUCUGGACACAAAUAACCAAAAUCUACUCGCAGAAUUGAAACAGUGUGAGUGAGAGUGAAGAGAGUUAAUUUUUCUGAGAUGGAGAAAAAGGUGCUUCUGGUUUGCUGUGUGGCGGGACUGUUGGGGCUGUUGUCGGCUGCUACAGGAUUUGGUGCUGAGGCAACAAGAAUCAAGGGUUCUCAGGUUCAGUUUGUCAAUGCUAGUCAAUGUGAAUAUCCUCGGACUGCAGCUCUUGGUCUUGGUUUUACUGCCGCAGUGGCUCUUAUGGUAGCUCAUAUAAUUAUAAAUGUUUCAACAGGAUGCAUUUGUUGCAAGAGGAUCCCCCGACCUUCCAAUUCUAACUGGACGGUUGCCCUUAUCUGCUUUGUUGUUUCCUGGUUCUCGUUUGUAAUAGCAUUUCUUUUGCUGCUCACUGGUUCUGCACUCAACGAUCGACAUGGUGUAGAAAGCAUGUACUUUGGCAGCUACUACUGUUAUGUUGUGAAGCCUGGAGUGUUUGCUGGAGGUGCUGUCUUAUCCCUUGCAAGUGUGACCCUAGGAAUUUUCUACUACAUGACCUUAAAUUCAGCAAAGAACAACGACAAUCUGUGUGGUAAUGCUGUUCAGGGGCCAGCAAUAGCUAUGGGGCAACCCCAGUUUCCAGCACAGAAUAAUACUCAAGACCCUGUCUUUGUCCAUGAAGACACUUAUAUGAGACGGCAAUUCACAUGAUCCGUGGAUAUAUAUCUUGGGUCAGCUAUUCGUGUUCAGUGUUUAUCCUAUGAAGAUGGUGAUCGGUGUUGGAAGAUUGUUGUAGUUGCCAUAUAGCAUAUUCUAGGAAAUCUGGAGUUUUCUUGUCGAAGUCUGCUGUGCUUGUGGUAUAGGUUUAUGUGAGACAACAGUUCGCAUGAUUCGUGGAUACAUGUAGGCUCGGAUAUUCAUGUUCAUUCUGUGGAUCCUUUCUAUAUAAUGAUCAGCCUUUGACGAUUA